AUGGUAAGUACACGAGGCUCGAGGUUGUCUUCGGAUGGGAAGACGUCCUCUACCUUCCCGACUUCGUCCGUGCCUGAUGAAAAUAAUGAAUUCGGGAAGGUCUCGCAUUCGCUUGAUGAGGACGAUGGAUCUCUCUCCCCAAGGGCGUUCAAGAAACGCCGGACCUCCGGCCCUGAUACCUUUGAUGCAUCCUCUUUCCCGACCAAGGAGGAGAACAAUAUCACUGCAGGAAACCAGAUAGAGGAAGAACUGGCUUCAGCACUGGAUACGGGGGCGCUUGAGGCCGGGGAGAAUCUGAAUGGCAGUCACGAUCAAGGUGAAAACGGGACUGACAACGGUGCGGUUCCCGCGGGAAAUCCUGAUCCUGCGCAAGAUGUGGCUGCAGUGAUAUCUAAUAUUAUAGGUCAUUCAGAGCGUGUAGAAGAACAAUUCGCGGCUAGUCAAAAGGAGAAGCAAGAGACAAAUGAUGCUGGAGCACCUGCCUCUAAAGGCGUCGUUUAUCUCAAAGCCAACUCUCAUCUCAAGAUCCAGAGUCUGCCAAUUCUUGACAAUCUGUCGACCCAGAUCCUGACCCUAUUGGCCAAAUCCUCUUACCAGGAUAUUACCUCGUUCGUGUCUGAGCCCGACUCAGAGAAUGGGCAGGCUUAUGCAACCAUGCGUUCGCUGUUUGAUCAUACUAAGAGAGUCUAUUCUACGAAAACUGCAUUCCUGUCUGCGACAGAACUCGAUCUGACCGAACCUUCUCAAGUGGAUAUCAUCAGGAAGGCAAACCUGGCUUCCUUUGUCUCAAGUAUCUUUGGGACUCAGGACAUCAGCUUCGCCGAAUUGAAUGACCACUUCCUCGAUGUCUUUGUGUCGGAGGGAAGUCGUCUUCUCAAGGUUCAGGGUGCAUUGUUCCUCGAACUUAAGACCCAAGCAUUUAUCGCGUCCAUGAACAGCCGGGAACGUACGAGGACUGAGCUGCUCUACGACCUCUUCCCAGAGGAUCUGGAGCAGCGCCUGCUUGCCAAGCGGCCGGGCACAAGGCAGCUUGCCCCCAGUGAAGCAGAUUUUGUCAAGCGUGCCCGUUCACGCCGUGAUAUUCUUCUUGGUGAAAUAAACAACGAAGAAGCAGUGAAGGCAUUGCCAGAAAAAUACCAUUGGGAAGAUUUUCUGAGAGAUCUCAGCUCUUACAUUAGCAAGAAUUUUGAUGCCAUCAAUAACCAACAGACGAAGAAGACUGCGAAAGGGCGCCAACCCUCCACCAGCGAGACUCAGGAGCAGCAACCCAGCGCUCCCCUUGAAACUCAGUUCUCGGUGGCUCCUCAGCCUCCGGAAGUUCCAGUUGAUCGCAAUGUGCACGGAGAUCUUGUCGCACGAGCAGCGCGAGCGGCACAGAUCGCCCUGCAGGGCCACGGGCUAAGACGCUCUCAACAGUCUCAGCAGCAGCAACAACAGCAGCAGCAGCAACAACAACAACAACAACAGCAGCAGCAGCAACAACAUCAUCAACAGCAUCAGCAUCAGCAACAACCUCAGCAGGUUCAGCAGAUGCAACAGCCCCCCCAGCAGCAGCACUCCGCUCACGGGACCCCAAUCCCUCAACCAACUCCGCCACAGCACGGCCUGCCUAUGCAGCAACAAUUCCAGGGCAGCCCUACUCCACCUGGAUACCAUCAGCAGCCUCAACAACCUCAACAACUUACAUUCCAGCAAAGUCCUCUUCAGGCCAAUUUCCAGCAAUACAACCCCGCCGCCAACGCUGCAUCGAUUACGGCUCGAGCCAAUGCUGCGGCGGCAAACUACGGUUACAUGCCUGGUGUACCUCACUAUUCACAGUCACAGCCUACUCAAAUACUAUAUGAACGUGCUCGUAUGGCUGCCACUGCCAAGUCUUCCCCGAGUAGCCGUAGGGCAGGCCUUCCCAGUCAACGUCGGCCGUGGACCACUGAGGAAGAAAAUGCCUUGAUGGCUGGACUGGAUCGGGUGAAGGGGCCUCACUGGAGCCAGAUCCUCGCCAUGUUCGGACCGGGAGGUACGAUUAACGAGUCCUUAAAAGAUCGUAAUCAAGUUCAACUCAAGGACAAAGCACGCAACCUCAAACUCUUCUUUUUGAAAAGUGGUAUCGAAGUGCCUUAUUAUCUCAAGUUUGUCACGGGAGAGCUCAAGACCCGCGCCCCUGCACAGGCUGCCAAGAACGAAGCUCGCGAGCGAGAGAAGAAGCGAGGAGAAGAAGACAAAGCGCAUGUGGAGGGAAUUGAAGGGAUGAUGGCUCUUGCUGGUGCACACGCCCCUCAUAUUGCACCUGGACCAGGACAGGACACCAUUUCUAAUAUGUCUGGUUCUCCAGGUCUCCCACAGGAUGCAGACAACCAUGCAAUGAUGGACCAGACUGCUGAGCAGAACUUGAUGCAGACUCUGGGUCAGGAAGUCCACGGUGACCUCCUACAACAGGCCCAACACCAGGAUCCUGUGGAUCCUAAUAUGCAACUGGGCCAGUAAGCGCAGGCGGGUCACAGUGUCGAUAUAUACCACUUUGAUGCAUCAUCUCCGUUUAUGCUUUCUCUUUCUCUUUCUCUGUUCUAUUCCUCUAUGGGGGGAUCAAACCAAGUGUUGCGGGUGCACAGGCGCGGUCCUUGGGGGCUUCUUUCUCGCGGGCGCACUCACUGUAAGAGUAUGUAUGUACACAGUACUAGUAGUUCAAAAAAAUAAAAUCAGUUGAUCAUAAUUUUACUAUUUAAGAGAUCAAAAUAUAUUCCGUUGCCAACUUCAGAUCUGUAAGCCCUGUAUGGAAAUUUGUCUGUAGG